AUGACCGCCAGAGGUCCGUUCCAGCUCUAUGAUCCUAUGAAAUCUGGCCCAUGUGAAGGGCGGGGAGGCCCAGAGCAUGGCUCAAUCUCUCCGUCUCCCUCUCCACCCCUCCCUCUCCCCCUCUCUCUCCUUACAGCGGAGGAGGUGCUGUCACAGGUGGCCUUUGUGCAGCGGAGCCUGACCUCGGAGCAGGGGCCCAGCGAGUUCAUGUUCGACUUUGACGGCGACGAGAUCUUCCACGUGGACCUGGACCACAAGGUGACCGUCUGGCGCCUCCCCCAGUUCUCGGAGUUCACCAGCUUCCAAGCGGAGGGUGCCCAGGGCAACAUCGCGGUGCUCCGCUCCAACCUCGACAUCCUCAUGCGGCGGUCCAACAACACCCCGGUGGAGAACGUGGCGCCGAAGGUGAUGGUGUACCCGGAAAAGCCGGUGGUGCUGGAGGAACCCAAUGUGCUUAUCUGCCGGGCUAACGGGUUCUCGCCCCCCGUAAUCCGCAUGACCUGGAUGAAGAACGGGGAGGAGGUGAAGGCCACGGAGGAGACGGACUUCUACCCCAACAUCGACAACUCUUUCCGCAAGUUCUCCUACCUGACCUUCGUCCCCAAAGCCGAGGACAUCUAUUACUGCCAGGUGGACCACUGGGGCCUUGCCCAGCCCCUCACCAAGGAGUGGAAUGCCAACAUGCCGGAGCCCCUCCCAGAGACGGCGGAGAACGUGGUGUGUGGCCUCGGCCUGGCCGUGGGCAUCGUGGGCAUCAUCGUGGGCACCGUCCUCGUCAUCAAGAGCCGGCAGAAGGAGGGCAACUUCCGCCGGGGGCCCAUGUGA